CUGUUGUAGAUAAGAACAUUUAUAUGUGCGUUUCAUAGAAUAUGCCGUAUGCCGCGUUUAAAUUCCGCGAUGCGUAACCAUCCAGUCGUAAAUCCGAGAUCAUGUCUAUACUCCAUACCAUAUUGUAAGCCACAGUCUUAGAUUAAAGCCAUAGAUAAUAAAGAAAUGGAUAGACCACUUCUGUAACAAUUUGUAAGUGAGACGAUGUUCCCGGAGGGGCAGUAAACUGAGGCGAUUUAUCAUUCAACAACAUAAGGAUAAAACACCUCACCUUAUGAAACUUGGAGUAACUAACAGAUAUAUUAUAUAUAUCUCUGGAAUAACAGACAGUAAGCACUGAUAAGGUAUGGAUAACCUAUCCAUAUCUUUUUUAUUAAAGCUGUAUAAGAAAUGGUCACAGAAUUUAAAUCUUCCAUUCUGUGCUACACCCACAGAUAUAUAAACAAAUAAUUUGUUUAUAUGUCUGUGACUAUACCAUAGACAUAUAAUAGAAACUAUUAUAAUAUUAUAUGCCUAUGUGCUAUACGCAUCGAUUAUAAAUACUAUUUAUCAAGAUGGAUUACCUUACUAUUUAUUAUUAAAUUGUAUUAUAGGUAUAUUAUUACUACGGUUCAAAAUUGUUUAACCUGCGUUAGAUAAAUGAUAAUUGAUAAGAACAAAUAGAUAACCGGCCAAACGUCCGAAAAUUAAUUACUUAUAGCUUAAUUUGUUGUAAUUUGUAUAGUACCUAUAUUAUAUUUUAAAUUUCGUUAUGUAAAUAGUGUAAUUUAGUUUUAAAAAUAUAUUUAUAUUAACAAAAUGAAUAACAUACUAGUUAUAGUCCAGAAACUAAUUAAAGCAAAUCGCCGAUCUGUCAAGUCUAUUGAACGAGAGUUUCAUUCUACAAAACCAUUUUUUGAUCAACCUCCUAAAGUAGAUGUAAUAAGCGCUGACAGUUUCAAUAAUGUACAAGAAAAAAAUAAGAAAACAUAUUUGGAUAUGUUAAAAAUGUACAAGUUGGAAAAAUAUAGAACAGGCCAUGUGGAAUUUAUUAACACUGCAUUGAAACAUUUGGACGAAUUUGGUGUAAGUGAAGAUCUGGAAACUUACAAGUCAUUAAUUCAGGUGAUGCCAGCUGGAAAAUUUGUUCCUCAAAAUUAUUUACAAUCAGAAUUUAUGCAUUAUCCAAAACAUCAGCAGUGUAUUGUUGAUGUAUUACAAAAAAUGGAAGACAAUGGUAAAGUUGUAUAUACCUAUUAAUUAUUAAGUAAUACAUUUUAAUUUUUAAAAUUUUUUUAGGAGUAAUCCCAGAUUGGGAAGUAGAGGAUAUGCUUAUUAAACGAUUUGGUAAUCGUGGUAUUCCUGUACGACGUUACUGGCGUAUGAUGUAUUGGAUGCCAAAGUUUAAUAACCAAUCUCCUUGGCCUAUACCCAAGCCAGCACCUAACGAUCCUUAUGAACUAGCUUUAUUAGCUCUUAACAGAAUUUGUAGUAUAGAUGUUGAAUCUGAAGUUAAAGUAUAUAAAACUAAAGAUUUGGAAGAAAGCAUAGAAGAUACAUGGAUAGUCAGUGGUCAAAGUCCCGAACAAAAGAAAUUAAUUGCCAAGCAUUCAGAUACUGUUCCUAUUUACAUUGAAGGAGGUUUUAGAAUAUGGCUACGUAAACAGAGUAUCGUUUAUUUCAUUUUAAGAACUGAACCUUCUAAAGAAGAAAAUGAUGAAAAAGAGGACGAGGAUGGUAAUAUAUACAUUUUCAUUUAUUUAAAUUAUGAUUACAAUAAUUUUUAUUUUUUAGAUAUAAGUAAAUUUCAUGUACCAUUUUUCGAUCAGCCAAAAAUAUCAAAUAAAGUUGCAAAAAAAAAAACUGUACAUGAACAAGAAGAUGGUACAAUACUCGCUGUUGCUGCUACUGGUACAUCCAGUAAAAAUUCAUUAUUAUCUUGGGUAUACAAUUCCAGAAAGACCAAUAUUAUAAAUCAUUAUUUUCAUUUAUACUUUGUUGAAAUUAUAGAUAAGAUUCUUAGAGAAAGAUGGGAACCCAAGGCUAACAAAAAUACCAAUUUUAUUUACAAGCAGAUCACCACUUGGAAAUAUAGAACCAUUAGUUGAACUUAAUGAGUUUAAAAAUGAAAUAAAACAACCAGGAGAAAAUAUUUCCAUAGAACAAGAAAACAAUCUGUAACAUGUAAGGAAAAUAAAAUAUUAACUCUGCUAGUAAUAUAUACCAAUACCAUAUUGUGAUAUUAAAAUACAUAAAAGUUUAUUUAGUUUGGAUUUAUUAUACUGUCGACAAUUGAAUUAAAUGAUAUUGCCACUGGUGAUUCGGGAUGAGUUACGCCAACAUAUUUUGAUGUUUCUGAAGAUACUCUUGGAUCUAUUGGUACAGUUCCUAAAAAAGGAACUUGAAAACGUUCUGCUAAUGAUUUUCCGCCAUUUGAUGAAAAUAAAUUCGUACACUCCUGUAAAAUACAAAAAUGUACAUUUACUUCAUGAAAUUUUAAAUAAAUAUGGAAUUUACAUUGU